GGGAGCGGGGAAGACGGAGACCGGGGUGCAGGCAUCUGUGCCAGGGCUCUGGGCUCAGGAGGAGGAGAAGCCGCUCCGGCAGCGCUAGGCAAGAGGGAGGCAAGGCAGGCAGGGGAGCUGCUCCCCUCAAGCCGUCCGUCGGCAGCCGGGGAAGCGGCAUGCAGCUGGCAGGGGGCAGCCGGCUUUUCUCAGGAGAGCGAUGGAGAUCUGCUAUCUGACAAUGCCUGGGUGAGAGGAGGGGAAGAAAAGAAGCAGCCAGCCAACCCCACCACCAGCCGCCACUACCACUGUCACCACCAGCACCAGCACCACCACCACCUCCUCCUCCUCCUCUCUCUGCAUUGUUGCUCGCAUCUGCUCCACCGUACUCUGUAUUGGAUGGAUCUGUGGUGAGACCCAGCCGGAUCCACCUGCAAAACCCAACAACAUUUCAAUAGGGAGAGGACGAAGAAGAAAAAGAAGAAGAAGAAAGAAGAGGAAGAAGAGAGAGAGGGAGGGAGAGUGGACGAACGAAAGCGGGAGAGAGAGAGAGAAAGGAAGGCAAGAAAAUCCCCCCCAAUCUUUUAAGUCAAUGCAUAUUGUGGUGACACUGGCAACGGAGCCCUCACGGUGGAGUCGGCCAGGGCUGUGCGUUCCCAAAAUAUGACCAGGGGUGCUUGGAUGUGCAGUCGGCAGUACGAUGACGGCCUAAAAAUCUGCUUUGCACCCCGGGAGAACGAGAAACCCUUCACUGAUUCAGAGAGGGCUCAGAAAUGGCGACUGUCCCUGGCAUCGCUCUUGUUUUUCACAGUCCUGCUCUCUGAUCACUUGUGGUUCUGUGCCGAAGCCAAACUCACCAGGACCAGAGACAAGGAGCAGCAGCAGCAGCAGCAGCAGCCGCCCGAGCAUCCGGAGCGGGAGCUACUCUCUAGCAUGGGGGAGCCCUCGCCUGCAGCACAGGCGGCCCAUAGACUCCUCUCCCCCUCAUUACCCACCCUGCCUCCCUCCCCCAGCAGCAGCAGCAGCAGCGGUGGCAGCAGCAACAAUAAUAACAAUAACAACAACAACAACAAGGCUAUUUUUCUAGGGAACUCUACCAAACCUUUUUGGCGCCUGGAGACGUGUUAUCCGCAGAGCUCCGCAUCUGGCCAGUGUUUCAGCGUGGAGGAUGCGGACUCUGUGUGCCGGAGAUGGAGCCGGGAGCAGCAGGUGACGGGGAAUCAUCCGCCUCCGAGCUGGAACUUGACGGAUUUUUACCUUUCCUUUUGUAAUUCCUACACCCUUUGGGAGUUGUUCACCGGGUUGUCCAAUCCGGACACUUUGAACUGCAGUCUGGAUGUGGUGCUGGAGGGGGAAGGCUCCUGCAGCCAGUGCGUCCAGGCUUACCAGCGCUACGACCAGCACGCUCAGGAGAAAUACGAAGAGUUUGAGGUUAUGCUCCAGAAAUAUUUACAAUCGGAUGAAUACUCGGUGAAAUCGUGUCCUGAGGAUUGUAAGACUGUCUACAAAGCCUGGCUCUGUUCCCAGUAUUUUGAAGUCACACAGUUUCACUGCAGCAACAGAAUUCCUUGCAAGCAAUACUGUUUGGAGGUUCAGACAAGGUGUCCAUUUAUAUUACCAGACAAUGAUGAUGUCAUCUAUGGAGGACUAUCAAGUUUCAUCUGUACAGGGCUCUAUGAAAAUUAUCCAACCAAUGCAGAACCAGAAUGCUGUGAUGUCAGAUGGGGACUAUUACCAGAUAAUCAAUCCAAAGGGACUAUAAAAACAAGUGACUCAUCAAUGUGUCACAGGACAUCGCUCACAGUUUCAUCAGCAUCAAGACUGUGUAACAGCAGACUUAAACUGUGUGUUCUUGUAUUAAUUCUCUUACAUACAGUACUUACAGUCUCAGCAGCACAGAACUCAACAGGACUGGGCUUUGGAGGCAUAACAACUUUGGAAGAUAAUUCAACUAAUGAAGAAUAAAAGAAAGGAUACAUGUCAAAUGAUAGACACACAACAGGCCCAUGUGUACUACAGUCAAAUAUAACAGAGACUGGGUGCUUUUACCCUCAAAUCACUUCUUGAAAGGCCUUCUGGGUAAAAUUAAAAGGAUGGGCAACAAUCCAAACAAGGACACAUGAACACAGCUUUUUAUUGACUAAAAGGCUGUAUGGUGACUUAAAUUUCUCACACCAUUUUAUACACUGUGUUUUAAUGUUUGGAGUUUCUUUUUUUGUUUGUUUUUUGCACUUGUUAAUACAGGAUUUUAUUUUUGGGACCGUUUCUCAAAGCUAAACUAAGUCUUUUCACUGUCGAUAUAUUUCUAUUCAUUGUGUAUGUUCAUCUGAUAGUUCUGUCUUUUAUGUCCUGUCAGUUUCUAUUAGAGGAAUGACUGCUAUGAUUCCAUGGCAUAACAAAAAACAAAAAAACAACAAAAACAAAUUUAAAAAAACCAACAAAAACCACAAAAAAAAUACAAAAAAACACACACACCCCACCACCAAGCUAACUGUCCUUUUUACCUGUGGAAACCAUUCUCUUCCUUCCCCUUCUCCCAUCUCCCUUAAGCAGACAACAUCCACUUGCUUCUGUCUGUGUAAUCACAAUGAAUGGGUACACAUGAUUCUGGUGUACCUCUGCCACUGUUGCACAAACCAGCUGACUGAGCAAACCCAACCAGAGCAUGAGGGGGUUCCUUUUAGCUGAACAAACAAGUGCUCUCCUUACAAGGUGGGAUCGGACAGUUAACAAAUUUUUAUGUAAAGAAAUCUAUAACAAACUGUUGCUCCAAUUCCCAUUUUAAAGAAGUCCAGUCCUUUCUCGCUGGUCAGUUGAACAGGAGCAGCCUUUUUAGAUACAGUAUGGGAAACCAGUUAAGCUCAGCAAGUUGAAUAGUUGGGAGGCCUUCCUAUUGGAGGUAAAAGAUUGGCAUUCAUUGUGAAUUACGUUUUCAGUUCCACUGCAGUCACAUAACCAGCAAAGAUUCAUAAUGUCUGGGAGCAAAGAGAUUCAGAAAAAAAGAAGCCUUUUUGUUCUGACAAAGCUACAGUAGAAGCAUUUAAGCACCGACAGUACAAAUGAUGUGUUCAGUGUUGAAUCCAUUGUUUUUCUAACAGCUACAUGUUGUUGAAAGUUAUUUGAGUUAUUAAGGAUGCAUUGUGAUGUAUUAGCACAGCUGAAGAACAUGGGUUUUUUAAUAAAUAGGUCAACCAUUUUCAGAAGUAUGCAAUAAAACAGCAAAGAACAUACCAGGCUAUCAGUAAUCAAGGGAAAGAAGAGUAAUCUGAUUGCCUUUUCCAUUGCAUUUUUUUAUUUUUUAUUUUUUGGGGGGACAUUUUACCCGCUGAGUGUAUGAGUAUUUGCUUUAUAAAAAGGCUUUUUAGAGUUUACAAUAGAAUCAAUGGAAGGAAAAGUUAAUAAGGGCUGUUUUUAAACAUUUUACAUUCCUUCCUAUUCUCUAACUACACUUGGGAAGUGCACUUUAGAGAUGUUUGCUGUGUAGCUGGGAAAUGAAGGAAAACUAUAAGAAAUGUUCUCUUAGCAAAUAAAGUUUAGUUACCUACUUUCUAGCUUUGAAAUAUCCCUUGAUAAUUAUUUCCAUUAUAAGAGCAUUUAAUCACUGCUACUUAGGUAUGCAAUUUUUUUAAAUUCACAUUUUAUGGUUUGUGAAAUU